AUGUGCACACUGAGAAGACCCCGGCAAAGCCUCUCAAGGCUCCAGUCCACCCACAUCCACAAGUCUAAUGCAACCAGUCUCGCCAAACCAGGUUUAAUUCGGGGUCCCAACCCAGGCUUAGGGGAAAUCAAGAAGCUCCCAAAGCGCCCCGCAGAGCCUCUGGAUAAGAAAUUUCUCCCCAAACUCAAGAAGGACAAGUACAAAGCCAAGGCCAUCAUUCGUGACAAGUCCCUUACGGCUGUUCUAGAUGAAACGGAGCUUGGUAAACCUCUUGCGGAGUACGUCCGGGAUCUGGCGGACCCCGAGCGACCUACUAGACUCACUCAAUGA